UGCUUCCUGCCUGGCGGAGGGAGGGACGGUGCUGACGGCUGGGAGGAUAAGUCGAACGACAAGAAAGCCUUGGAAAGCGACAGAAAGAGGGGAAACGGCCCGGGCUUCCACCUUAAUCGAGGAUUCGACUUUAGUUCGACACUGCUUAGUGGCCGAAUCUAAUGCAAUGUCGUCCAGUCGUCAGCAUAGUGAAAGCAGGGCCAUUCCGACCAGGACGGUGCUGAUCAACGACUCAACCCAGCUACCUCACGAUUAUUGCACCACUCCUGGAGGCACUUUAUUUUCAACUACCCCGGGAGGCACCCGGAUCAUCUAUGACCGUAAAUUCCUGUUAGACCGGCGUAAUUCCCCUAUUGCUCAGACUCCUCCAGCACACCUACCUGUCAUCCCUGGAGUAACCAGCCAAAAUGUUCUGAAUGAGAACAAGAGGAAUGAAGCUAAUAACUUCAGCAACCAUGAUGGCAAACCAGGACCAGGUGAGGAUGCUCAAUUUGAGAUGGACAUCUAAGGAAGAGGAACCAACAUGAUGAAAGAAUAAUAACCUGGCACCUUUUAUGCCAGUGGCUUGGCUUGUAGAAACCAAUGUUGUGAGCCCUCUCCUUUAGCUCUGUCUAGCUGCUGGGUGCUAAGUAACCAUGGGAAUAGUUGACUCAUGCUGGCCUGAUGGGUUGCUGGAGCCCUGAAAGUUAACAAAUGAUUCUGAUCAGAUUAGGUUUCAGGGCUACCAACAGGUGUACUUGCAUUAGCCACACAGCAAGGGAAAAAAUCUGUUUAAAGUGCCCAAAAACAUUGGAGAAUUAUUCAUCAUAAUUAAGAACUUAUUUCAGAGUACACUUAGAUAUCCUCUAAAGACCCAAUGCAUUACUCUGUAACUAUGAACCAGUACUGCCCGGAUAUCCAUUUAUCAGUACACACAUUCUGUUCUUUUACCGCAUUGCUACGUUAUCAUUUUCAGUACAAGUAAUUUUUUUGUUGUUGUUCAUAAAAACUUCUCAUUAACUAGUGACAGCAAGUAUACCGUUUGACAUUUUGGUUCACAAUGAAGAAUUCUUUUUCCAUUCCAAGCCUUUAUAUUAAUCAGGCAUUCAUACAUGAUUUAUGUCUCUUUUUUAAAAUUAGAUGUUCAAUAUGGGAAAGUAAUUUCAUAAAAAUGCAUAAACCAUGAACCAUAAGUGAGAAUUUGAGUUAUCCAGGAUCCUACCAAAAAUGUGCCCAAAGUUUCUGGUCCUGUGUAAAACUACACUAUAUUGAACAUUCAAAUUUAUUUAAUUGAUUUUGUCCCUUUCAUGCAAAACAUGUUGAUAAGGUAAAAAAAAAAUUGUUUUGGUUAACUCUACUGUCUUUAGCUAGUGAGAAUGUAUUAAAAUUAUAGUCAACCUGCUAGUAAUAUGGUUGUCCCUACCUUUGAAUUAUGAGUGAAUCCUGAUGAUACUUGAAGCAUCACCAUCAGCUUUGUGGUCACUAAAUCUGAAAGGCAACAAAUACUGUAGUGUACGUGACACAAAAUUAGUGGUUGAUCAAAGGUAAUGACAAUAUAUAGAACUUUGGACAGAGUGAAGGGUGAAUAUGCUUUCUAAGUAUAAAGGUUCUCCAGUCCAAAAAUGGUCGCAAGAUGCACUUACAUCACAUACCUAAUAUAUAUACAUCUAGGUCUUGUAAAAAGCAAAAUUACAGGGAUGUAUGUAACAUUUAAUGGCAGUUUUGACAGCUGUCAUUUUUCAAUUGCUACAAUAUUUACACUCCCUCAUUGAUGAAUCAAAGGUAGAAAAGCACUGAAGUGUUGUCAGGUCAUUUGCCCUACUUUUAUCCAUUACCAACAGUUCAGCUGUGAAAUGAAUGAUGGCUGUAAUCAAGAAGUAUUUGGGAAUGCGGAAAGUUUUGUGAUGGCUUGACCCCCCCCCCCCCCCAACAAUUCAAAGGUCUUUAAAACUUGAACAUUUCCAAUGCUCCUCUAUGCAUGUUAUGAGCUUAUAUAAAUCUUAAUUCCAAAGUCACAUGGCAGUGUUAUAAAAAUCUCAUAUUUCUGUGAAAUCUUUUUUGUUUCCUUCCUAAGGAGGAUUCAGAUUCACAGGAGAUUGAAGGGUUGUCCUUAAAAAGUGGCUUAAAAGAGAAUACACCAAAUUCUCUCUGCUUUACUUAACACCUUCUGUACUUAAAUCCUUGUUCUGUUUUGUUUUUUUCCCCGUAAUGAUCUCUUGUGCCCAGUCUCUUUACCCAUGCCUUACUUUGCUAAGCUUAGCAGCUGUGACUUAAACCAAUUCAAUUCCAAUGUUUUUGUUGGUUUGAUUUGAUUAUGAUCAAAAUAUUGUUUUAUCAGAAUAUAUUUCUAUUUUUGGAACCAUGUUAGUUACUACACCAACCCCCCCAAUCCUUUUUUUUUUUUCCCCCUUUUUUUUUAGAGGAAGAAAGGCGUGGGCUUGCAACAGUAUAAUGUGUUUAAUAUAUUCAGUGAUUUGAUCAACAUUAAAAAAGUAAUUGAUUUGAUAGCUAACUGCUUAAAUUUCUGUUACAUUUUAAUUAUUCAGGUUUACCAAUUGUUUUCCUUUUUUGCUAUAAAUGCACAUUUGAAUCAAAAAUUAAUCUCUCCUUUAAAAGUUAAUUGGCAAGAAGAAAAUUGCAUUCAUAACAAGAAGAAAUGUACAUCAAAGCAAAGUGAAAGUUCUUUGCUCACUCUCCUGCUAUAGACUAUCGUAAGCCUUCAAAUUCCUCAACCCCUUAAACUCAAAUGUCAUAUAUUUUAAUGAUUAAUGACUGUCAUUGCAAUUAGAAAUUAUGCAUUUUCCAUCAGACAGUUAUACCUGGCCCCUAGCCUUUCAGGAUUGAGUUGUUAGCAUAUUGCAUUCUAAAAGUGACAAACUUGUAUGUUUUAUUCUGUGUUUGAGACCCUGUUGAAUUGACUUUAAUUUAAAAUAAAUGCCAAUGCCAGUGGACACUAUUAUAGCAAGAUCAAUAAAAGUUCCUUAAUAAUA